CGGGGGCGGAACACGUCCGGGAAGAGUGUCAGGUGAAGCCGAAGGACCGCAGCGACUACUGGACGCAACAGAUCCAGCAGGAACACAUCAAAAUGACUGGGAUGCCCUUCCCGGAGUUGUGAACGGAGGGAAAGGAGGUCGAUGUUGUUCUUUAGUACAGACAGCCAGGAACCACUUGUUUUUUGUGUUUAAGCUAUUGAUUUAGAUUUUCAACAUUCAUCGUCAAAAGAUUUCUCGUAUAUCUGCACCUGCAGCCAGAUGUUGACAACUUUUUCUUUUAUAUUCAUAUUCAUUCAAAAAGCAAAGGCGCACGGGUUGCGCUUCGGCUCCAAGCGACGCCUUCGCGAUGACAGCGCACUCAACAUUUUAGUUUGAACAUUCCACGUUAACGGUAACUCAUUCAUGCUACAUACUUUUAUAGCUAAGUACUUCGACACAUCACGAGGCUUGUUGUAGGAUAAUUUUCAUACAUUUGCAUAGUCGACGUCGACACCGACGCAAAACAGAGGAGUUGCUAUCACCACAAUUACACACUGAUUUAUCGUAAGUUCUCGCUUCACAGAAAUUUUUGCCGAUCUGACCUUCUAACACGAGCGACGUUUUGUCAGAUGCUUUUCAUAAUCUGCUGGCGUUUUUAUUUACAGGCUAUUUUUGUAGGGUUCCUCAGAUGGCACUGGCAGACAGAGCACAGAUGAGGAGGUCCACCAUCUGUACUGCUCCAGUAAAGUAGUGAGGACACCACGACUCGCCAUCAGGGACAUCUGAAGUUACUUUUUCUCGAUUUGCUCUCGUUUUUCAUCGGGAACAGUUAUUCUUAGGAAAAAUCGAAUGACUCGUCAGUUCCGACAAGCAGUGGCUGCGGAGAUGAGGAGUGAAAAAUUUUGUAAUGGAAACACGGUCUCACUUGACUAUGUUUACGUAGAACAGACGGAGGAUUUCUACGACAACUCACAAUGCGACAGUGUAGUAAUGGAAAUAGAUGAUCG